ACAGCACCUGUAGGAGGUGUGGUCCUGUGGCUCUGCAGUGUGUGAGGUGGAGGAUGAGGGGACAUGUGGGGCAGUAACCUCCUCAUUCACGCCUCUUUUCCCCUCGUUAUAAAACUCUCAGAUUAACAGAUGACAGUUAUACAGCAGGUUUCUGGUAACAGAAUGAAGAUCAUCAUGUUUUUCCCACUUUUGCUUCUGGUCUGCUCUGUUUCAGCAGAUCAGACUGAGACUGCAGUCCAACAAUCCUGUCCACAGGACACCCAUGCUGUGCUGAGAGAGCUGACCGCCUCAUUGACAGAGCGGAUCACUGUCCUACAGAGAGAGAAUCAAGUCAAACAGGUGGCUUUCUCAGCCUCUCUGCUGGAUCAAGGUGAUGGAUAUACUGGACCCUUUAAUGCCCACACUACUCUGAUCUUCAAAUAUGUUGUCACAAACAUUGGAAAUGCCUACAACAAACACACAGGUAUUUUCACUGCACCAGUGAGAGGAGUCUACCACUUUCUCUGGACAAUAUAUGGACAUGGAGAAAUUCCUGUAGGUGCUGUGUUGUUCAGGAAUGAAGAGCACAUUUCUCUUGCAUAUGAACGUCCAAGAUCUGGUGGUGUGAGCGCCUCUAAUGCAGCCUCACUGCUUCUAGAGGCUGGAGAUCAGGUGUCUGUACGUCUCUAUACUCAAUCAAGGAUAGCUGACAGUCAAAAUCGUCAAACCACCUUCAGUGGUCAUCUGAUCUUCACCAUGUGAGAGGUGUGACAGCUCCAACACUUCCUGUGUGGGCGGAGCUUAGCCAUUUUUAGAAGUAAAACAGGAAGUAAAUCACCUGCUAGAAUCAGUUUCUUGCUCUCUCUCUUUCUGGUUGGUUCUAGUUUUGUGUUCAUUUGUUUCUACUUCUCCUCUGAUUCUACUGACGCAGAUAAUUUACUUCUUCUUCUUAUCUUUGAUUCAAAUAAAUCCAGUUAAAUGCUCAGUGAUUCUCUUCUCUUUGUCCUUUCUUUGAGUCGGCUCUUCAUAAAGUGCUGCUCCUCCAUCAGGUCAUGACUAUUUUCUAUAAGUUGAUAAACUGCAUUAUUUUUUAUUGGCUCCACUGUCCUGUGUUGGUCAGUCUGUUAUUUUGGUGACUGCUGGCCCACAUCUUUGCUUUUAACUGGAGUUUUUCCUGUUAAGUUGAGCAAAAUCCAACAGUUCCUCUUUUUUCUCUUCUCUGAUAAUCAUGCAGGUAUUUUUCUUAAACACUUAACAGAUGUUAAACUUAAUCUGACUAUCAUGAUAAAAAUGUAAACAGCUGAUUUAGUUUGAUAUAAAAAUGUGUGUCAGUGCUGUGGAGGAAUUUCUAGAAGCUGAAAUGUUUCCUUAUUUUUCAUCUGAAUCCAAAUCCAGACACAGAUAACUGACUGUAAACUUACUCGGGUUCAUUUCUUUCUAUUCUUUAGUUUCAAAAAAUAAAAGUAUUGUUGAAACAA